AUUCCAAAUUUUUAGUUUAAUUAUCUAGUUAAUAGCACUUAUACACCUUAGUUUAGCUUUUUGGUUAAAGUUUAUAUAUGUAUAUAUAAAACAAAACGAAAACCAAAACUGGAAUACUUUGAAAUGAAUUACAUAAGAAACUUUUCUCUUUCCAGAAAAAUAUGUAUAAAGAAACAAACGUUUUUGGUCUGAUUAAUAGGCCUACAUCAUGUUCACUUACAUUUUCCUAAGUGAACCUGAUGUAAUGCAUUUUUUUUUUGCUCCUUUUCAGUUCAAUUUCUUAAGUAGUUCCUAUUUAACAUUGCAUUCAACAUAGUAUUUUAUAACAUUCAAAUUCUUUUCAUACAUUAUGGUUUGUAGUAACAUUAUUUUUGUUUUUUUCUUUAUUUUCAUUUAAUUUCAUAUUAUUAAUAAUAUGAAAUAAUAAUAUGAAAUUAAUAAUUAAUAUUAUUAAUAAUAAUUUUUUCAUAUACAGCAUUUAAGCAAGUGAGUUUAAAAGAGGUUACAUAAACCUCUAUGAAAGAGUAGCUCUUGUUGAGAUUGGUCUUAAAAAAAUACUACUAAAGUUUCAUUAAAUAUACAAGUAAAAGGAAGGGAAUGGAUGGAAAAAGAAAAAAAUAGUAACAAUGUUUAUAACAUGUGUAAAUUGUAAAUGGCAUUUUGAUCACUGUUUAAGUAAAAUGAUUGAAUUGAAUUUCAUUUACAAACAACAAAAUAUUGCUUUUGGUUUCAUAAGCUAAGAUUAGCAAAAAUAGUUUGGUAAAAUAUUAGUUCACACCAAUGUAAUCACUAGAGCUAGGACAUCUAGGCACUAAAAGUCAUGUAAAUAGUUAUAAAAUUAUGUAACUUAUAUGCAUAAUAUGAAUGAUAAGUUAUAACUUAUAUGAUUUUUAGUGUGUAGAUCUUCUAGCUGUAGUAAUCACUUAAAUCAGAUGCAAGUACAAUUUGUGAAUUAAUGUACCAUUUUGAAUAUAAAAACUAAUUACAGUAGACCCCCCUAUAGAGAGAUUUCAUGUCGACAUCACAAGUGACGUCAUGAGCAUGCGCAAUUGUCCAGCGCCAUGUUUGUGACUCUUUGUGACUUGUUUACGUUUUGUGUGUGUCCACGUGCGCUUUAACUGGAGUUCUUGUAUUGUUUUUUUCGUCGCGAAUAUCACUAUGGUUAUUUGUUGUGUAAUUGGGUGUAAUGCUAGUUCACUCAAGAACAAAGGAACCUCAUUUUUUAAAAUUCCCGGCAUUAUUUCUCAUCAAGGAUCCCAAACUGAAGAGCUUUCACGACGAAGACAAUCUGCAUGGCUCUCGAGAAUUAACCGGAAAAAUUUCAAUACGGAUAAAGUGAAUAUCAAUACAAGAGUUUGUCAGAAACAUUUCAUUAAAGGAAAACCUUCCUCAUUGUAUGAUGAGUCAUCACCAGACUGGGUGCCAACAUUAUACAUGGGGUAUGAGAGUGACCACAACUUAACUGCAAAUCAGGAGCGUUAUGAAAGAGCACGUAAUCGCAAGAUACAACGAGUGGCCUUAGAAGCUGAAACUCCUAAGGCAGCUGAAGCUUGCACCCAACCUCCUACUGUUAAAGAUGCAGAGAUCUCAACAACUGCAGAAAUGCAAGAAGCAGAGCCUUUAAAAUCUAAUGCAUGGGUACAAACUACAUCUUUAGUUGAAACUGUCACUUGUCAGACUGAAUUUAAAGCUAAAGAUAUAGAAAGCUUGCAAUUUGAGUGUGCAAACUUGAAAACUGAAGUAUUAUUAUUAAAAAAAACAUAUGUUCUUAAUGAAGAGUUUUUUGAAGGUGAUGACAACAAGGUUCAUUUUUUUAGUGGACUGAGCAAUUUUAAAUUGCUAUCAUUGAUACUGAACCUUUGUCGUAAACAGAUUGAUCAUCCAAAUUCCAGAAAAUUAACUCCUUUUCAAGAGAUGAUAGUAUGUUUGAUGAGACUUCGCUUAAAUUUAAGUCUGGAAGAUUUGGCUUACAGAUUUAAUAUUUCAAAAGCAACAAUAUGCCGAAUCUUUGACAAGUGGCUGCACAUUUUAUACAUCAGGUUAAGCAGAUUGAUUGUUUGGCCUGAGAGAGAUGUGCUGCAAAAAACUAUGCCCAAAGAAUUUAAAAAAACUAUUGGCAAUAAGAUUGCAGUAAUAAUAGACUGUUUUGAGCUUUUUAUUGAACGGCCUUCGUCAUUAGAUGCUCGCUAUUUGACAUGGUCCCAGUAUAAGCACCAUAACACAGUAAAGUUUUUAAUAGGUGUUACUCCUCAAGGAUCUGUGUCUUUUAUAUCAGAACCUUGGGGAGGAAGGGUUAGUGACAAACACCUAACCGAACAUUCUGGAUUGCUUAAAUAUUUACUGCCUGGAGAUUUAGUGCUAGCAGACAGAGGUUUUAACAUUACAGAUAGUAUUGGAAUUACUGGAGCACAGCUAGCAGUUCCUGCAUUUACCAGAGGUAAACAACAACUCUCUGCAUUGGAAGUAGCAGAAAGCAGAAAGAUGUCUCAUUUGAGAAUCCAUGUGGAGCGAGUAAUCGGUCGCAUUAAAAAUAAUUUUAAAAUUCUAGAGUCAACAUUGCCAAUUGAGCAUGUGACACUAAAGGGACAUGACAGUGUCACAUCAAUAGAAAAGAUUGUACAUGUUAGUUGUGCUUUAAUAAAUUUAUGUAAUAGUGUUGUGCCAUUUGAAUAAAAUCAAGUUUACACUGUGUAAUGUUUUAAUAAAUCUUUAUUUACAAUUUCAGUCUAUUGUUUUGAAUACCAACGUGCUGUCAGUUCUGGUAAUAUACAUAAUUUGAAAAAAUUUCUUGCUUUUUCAAUGAUGCUAUUCCACAAUGUAAAGUCUCUAUAAAUCCGCUCAAUGUGCAAACUUUUUUCUGUCCAAACUACAAAGUCACAAUAUUCAACAUUACAUACAAAUAUUUGUGUUUGCAUUUGGUAGUAGUAAUUGCUGCGUUUGUUAAUUGUAUAAAUACCAUUCUCAUUAACUAAAUAAUUGGGCGUAUUUUCAUCAAUAUUUUGUU